AUAAAAUAAAAACUAAAAACAUUAAACAAAAAGGAGCAACUAGCAACAAACCUAGUGCUCAUACGAUAUUGAUGCCUAUCUAGUUCUCCUGCGUUCGACAAGAAAACAGGGAAACCUUGUAUAGGGCUCGUCGAAAUUUUUCAAUAAUUUAAGGUUUGGUUGAGAAGGGUGUUGGUUUGACACUGUGGUGUGGAGAAAGAGAAGAUGGAAGGCGAGGAAGGAGGUGGUUUGAGGUUGAGCAAGAGAUUUGAUGACAAGGGUGGAGGAGAGGUUGAUUAUAAGACCAAAUCCGGUACUGCGUGGAGCCACAAUUUCCUCAACCAAAAACCAUGGCAUCCUCUGUCAUACCCCAACCAACGCCGCAAGUGGAUUGCUGAACAGACCCAUGCUCAUCGUGAACGUCGAACUGAAGAGGUUGCUCGUGAGUAUGCUCAGGAGCAAGAGUUUUAUCGCCAGACAGCUCUCAUUUCCAAGAAGGACAAGGAAAAGGUGGAGCUUAUGCAAGCUGUUAGCUUUAUGUAUGUUCGUCCUCCUGGUUACAAUCCCGAAAGUGCCAAGGCUGCAGAGAUGAAUGAUGAGAAGAAAAAAGAAGAUAUGGUGAAUAAGGAGCCUACACAAACCAAUCCCGAUGGACCUUCAUCUUCAAUGCCAUCACAGGGAGAGAAGAAAAAACCGAGGCCAAAAGAUGUUUUUGGCCGUGCUCUACCAACUGAAGAAGAAUUCGAAGUUCUUAAAAAUGCACCAAGGCUGGAUACAGGAGUUGCUGCAAGGGCAAAACCUUUUGGAGUUGAAAUUCGCAAUGUUAAAUGUUUAAGAUGUGGGAGCUAUGGUCACCAAAGUGGUGAUCGUGAAUGUCCCUUGAAGGAUGCUAUAAUGCCAAAUGAGGAAAGCAGAUUGAAAAGAGAUGACCCUUUGAAUGCUAUUCUUGCCCACACAGAUCUUUCUGAGCCUCUAAAAUGGGAGCUCAAGCAGAAGCCAGGAAUCAGUCCCCCUCGUGGAGGGUUUAAACCAGAUGACCCCAACCAGCAGAUAGUUGCCGAGGAUGAGGACAUCUUUGAUGAAUAUGGAGGUUUUCUCAAUAUGGGUGAUAUCCCUGAUUUAUUAUUGACCAACUUAUCUAAAAAGCCAAAAAAGUCUAAAAAGAAAAAACAAAAAAAGCAGAAGCUAGUGCAUUCAGAAAGUGAAGCAUCUUCUGAUGACGAAGAGAGUAGAUCUAAGAAAAAAAAGGUUAAGGAAAAUAAAAAGAAGCGAGAUUAUAAAGACACAAGUUCAUCAGGCUCUUCUGCCUCUGAAAAAGAUCACGGAAAGAGCAGACACAAGCAUUCAGAUGAUUCUGACAGUGACAGAAACAAUCGAAGUAGAAGGACUAAACGAGAAAAUUCACUUUCACCCAAAGGUUAUGACCAUCCCAGGCACGGUAGGAGUAAACAUGGCAAGCGAAGGCGUUCCUUUUCAUCUGAGGAGUCUGGCUCUGAUGGUUACGAUGGAAAUUAUAAGAAUAGGGAUAAACAUUCGUAUUCAUCUGAAGACUCUGACAGUGACAGGGACGGCCGAGGUAGAAAGCAUAUACAAAAGCACAAGAUGAAACAUAGCAGAAAAAGACAUUCUUAUUCUGAUGAGAAGAAUUCUGCUCCCGCUGAAUAUCAUGUAAAACACAAGGGUAGAGAUGAGCAUUCUUAUAAAUCCGAUGAUCAUAAUCAUCAACGACAACCCAAGGAUAAAAGGAGCAGCCAUAAAUACUCAUCAACAAUCCAUUCCGAUUCUCAGAGGCAUCACUUAAAUUUUAGUCAUGAUCGGUACCGUGGUGGAAGCCAGAAGAGCAGGACUGAUCAUUCUUGUUCUUCAAAUGAUUUUGAUGUUGAAAAGAAUGAUCGAAGUAGAAAGAUCAAGGAAAAACAUGAAAGUCAAAAGAGCCGAGCCGAGCCUUAUUCUUCUGAUGAUUCUGAUGUUGAAAAGGAUGGUCGAAGUAGAAGGAUCAAAGAAAAACAUGGAAGUCAGAAGAGCAGAGCUGAACAUUCUUAUUCUUCUGAUGAUUCUGAUAUUGAAAAGGAUGAUCGAAGUAGAAGGAUCAAAGAAAAACAUCACGGGACUCACGAGGGUUCUGAACAUCCUGAGCAUGACAAAAUAGAAAAAAGGCAUUCCUAUCAUAGAAGUGAAAAGAGUUCCGAUCAUUAUGAAAAACAUCAUAAGCCGAGGAGAAGCAGCCACAAACAUUGACUAGAUCAUUUCAACUCUAAUGAGCAUCAAUCAAAUUAUGAGAGCAAUCAAAUUAUGAGAGCAGGCACAAUGUUUCACAAACUUAUAUCCAAGUCUUCCAAGAGGUUGUCAGCAUAUUUAACAUUUUUGUUAUUAUAGUCACCACUGUCUCAUCAAUCUCAUACGAAGUUGUUUGCUGUACUAUAUAGGAAGCAACAAUUUACUGCACCAUGAAUCUGUUGUAUAUCAGUUAUAUCAUAGUAGUGCUGUUUUCACAAGCUGCAAGUGCAAGCCUCCGAUCUGUGUUUGAGAAAGUUGAUGUCAACGAGACUUUCUUCACAACAACGAAAUUACUCUCUCUAACAUGUUUUGAGUCUGUAUAACUGAAUUGUAAUUUAUGCUUUUGUUUUCUUAACAAUAUGGAUCAAUUCAAUUGUUGUAUAUUUCACUUAGGUCAGUAGCCAAUCCAUUGGUUGGACUGCAUGAAGCCAGCCUAUA